AAGGCAACCAGGGUCACAGGCAUGCGCGGCCAUGUAUCCGUGCGUGCUCGCAUCUGAAGAUAUGGUGGAAAGAUUGAGAAGAUGCGACUGAUGCCGAUGGGAGCAACCUAUGAGUGCAAAUGUUGGCUCUAGGCUCGAACUUUCCGUUUGAUUCGUCUUUUCACCGGCAAGUCAACCCCCUAGAGCACUGCGCACAACGCUCUCCUCUAGUUUGAACUCGUCAAUAUGCUAGGGUGCCUUGGCAGGUUCUUCGUUUACGCCUAAAACGGUAGCCUGUUGACUUAAGGCACUGACGUCGUCGCUAAUCUUUAGUGAUGUUUUGUUUCCUAGCCAUGUUCUGCACGUUUUACUGCGCCUAGACGUGCGUCAGUCACAUCUGCCUAGCGCUUGGCCGUAGCCUUGAAGCGCAUCGAGGGCUGCUAUGAAGAGAGACAUCCUGCAGACCCGCUGUGCUCACCUCUUGGGAGUAUGCCAGGUACUUGUCGACUGCGGUGUGAAGACCACGAAAGGUGGUGAAUGGAGCCGCCAAAAUGGGUGGAGUCUGCCCCUGCAUCCGCUGCAGCUUGUGGCCUGGUUUUUUCUCGCAUACUUUUUGGUCAUGUAUUUUGCUGUGCUCGUGCCCAGCUGUCCAGCCGGAGGCUGGCAGAUUGGCCUGUCACUUGUGAAUGCAGCUGUUGGCAUUGUUCAUGUAGUUUCCCACAUUCUGAGUGUUACCAUCGACCCAGCAGAUGCCAAUGUGCGGGCUAAAAACAUUAAGGGUCCACUUCCUCAAUUUGAUCGAAGCAAGCAUGCACAUGUGAUUGAGAAUCAGUUCUGCUACAUCUGUGAAGUCAAAGUGGGGAACCGGUCGAAACACUGCAGCAGUUGCAACAAGUGCAUCGAAAAAUUUGAUCAUCAUUGCAAAUGGCUGAACAACUGUGUUGGAUCAAGAAACUACAAAUACUUUGCCGUAUGUGUGGCCAGUGCUCUUAUGGCCUGCCUUCUGACUUUCCUGGUCUCUGCUGGGCUUAUUGUGGCAUAUUUUGCUAAAAGUGCUCUCUUUAACCACACUGCAGGUUUAUUCUACGUGUUUGUGCCAGUAGACAAGACCAUCUGGCUCCUUAUGGUGGAAAUAUGUGCAGCACUCUCACUCCUUGCUAUUGCCCUUCUAAGCCACUUGCUUGGUUUUCACUUAUUUCUUGCAUUCAAAGGGCUGUCAACCUAUGAUUAUAUUGUUCUCAAGCGUAAUGCAUCAUUCCAUGGAAGCACACCAGCAGAAAAAAGGAACUUAUUUUUGAAGUGGUGCAAGCACAAGGUCAACCAGGUUUCACCCGUGCAGCAGAAAGCCUCAGCAGCUCAAAAAAGUGAUGCCGUUGACACCGCUGGAAGAACAAGUGUCAAGAUCGACGUCCCUAAUGGUCAUGAGAAAAGUACCCGUGGUGGUUCAUUACACUCUCGAGAUGUGCAGCAAACCAACAGUCCAUCACGUCAGCGCUAUGUCCUCCGAGAGAUACACAAGUCAAGGCUGAAGGUGGCUCGCAAGAACCGGGCUGGCAAGCUGAUGGAAGUGUCGGAGCAUGGCAACCAUGCCACUCCAGUUGUGGGGCUCGUCAAUCAGCAAGGAAUGACACCAUCACCUGCAAGGGCCCCUGAUCACCAAAGAACUAGACUCGAUUCGAUCAGCAUGGCUGGCAUCACCUCGGCCAGCCGUUCGGUCUCCCAGUCAUCCUUGGACACUGAUGAUGCAGUUCAGGUUCCCGUGGCAGCCAAUGCAGCCUUAAGCCUGGGCACUUCUGCCUGUGGAGGAAGCCUUAGCAACUUGCUCUUUUCUGAAAAUACUGUGUUACCAGCAUCCACACCUGGAGAGUUGCUCAUAGAGCACCACUCAGAUUCGUACAAGGAGAGCCCACGGGAAGCUCGGCCGCAUGUCAGAGCCCUGCCACCCCUUGCCAAACGUGUAAUAGCUCCACCUGCUACUACUGCUGCCACAACAGCAUCCAGUGCUGAUGCCGAGGGUGAGGUGUUUACCCUGUCAUCUCGAUUGCCUGAAACAGCAGAUGGUGAUCUCCAGCGCUGGGCUGUCAGGUCAGCUUCCAUUCCUUGUGGUAAAACGUUUGAAGUGUCUGCUGAUGUUGUUACAGAGCCCCGGUGAUCUUAGGUCACUCAGGAAAAUGCUGAAGGGUCGCUGUCACUUUCUUGUUUCCAUUCUUGUCAGCUGCUUCUUUGAACAUACGGCUGAAGAGGCACAUGUUGCAUCCAGCCUAGUCUUACGGCUGGCAUUGUUGUACACCUUCCACAUAACUGUAACGUGUUUAAUGUAUUGUAUUGUACAACGCAGGAUGUGUGAACUGGCUUACGCAAAUUCAUUUGCUCCUGUUUAACUCCUUUGCAUCACAAUUAUUUUGCGCACAAUUGCUGUUUGUUUCAUGGUGUUAAACACCGUACAAGUAAUGCCGUUUUGAUGUCUGUGCAUACUUUACAUGUGAAACUUCCUUUGGACAUGAGUAUAUGUAUUUGUGUGUGUGUUUGUCUGAAUUUCAUACUCUUGGUGUACACCAAGAAAAUUAUUUAGAAGCAAUGUUUUAAAAUAAGUACAAGGUAAAUCUGUCUUCUUGAUUCAGUCUUAUUUGUUAAUAUGCCAAAUUGGUAGUGUCAGUAUGAAGCUCAUUCAUAGUCAGGUCAUACAGUAGCCAUUACUGCAGUUAGCACUGUCACAUUAGGCUGAGAAUGACAGGAUAAUAUCUCACCACAAUUUAUAGUCUUAUAGUGAUCUUAGUUUUAAUCAUUGUAGUCCGUAAACAGUUUGAAUGAAACAGACUUGUGAACACUGCCGGGUUUGCUUUAUUUUUUUUCUACGGUUGGGGAGGUAGCCAUAGCUAGUAUUAGAUUUGUUUUCUUUUCUUUUCCUUUGCACUGAAGCCUCACUUAAACAAGCGUUUGCAGUUCACUGAAAACUACCAUUGCACGUAUCAUUUGUUUUGCCUCACAUUUCACAAACUCUCCUGUGUUUUGGUCUAUUACUUAAAAUGCUUGCACCUAAACGUAGGUGUGGAAAUUCCAGAUACAGGAUGCAUGACAUAACCCAUAGUUACUGCAUUCUAAGCACAAAAUAAAAUAUUGUAUGCAUCCGUGAUUGCAUUGCCUUAAAUGUUUUCUGUUGUUUAAAUCACAUUUAUAAGGUUGUUGAAGUAGCAUGGUAGGGUUUCAGACUGUAGCUUAAAUUCAUUGCAAGACAUUUUCUUACCACAUACCCUCUUUGUUUGUACAGUUGAAGUAUGCAGGUUUGUGAAGCUUGUUAAGUGAAGUUUCAAUGCAUUAAGGAUAAGGAGUAUUAUAGAGCAGUGGUUUGUAAGGCUUUUAUGUGCUGGAGUUCAAAGGUGCACCUGCAGUUGAGCCUUUUAAAAUACUUAACUGUAAAAGAACAACAUGCCCAAUGGUGGUUCAAAGGAACAUGUUUUACUGCAACAGUGGCUGCAUAUAUAGCUUUAUUUAUAUGUGUGUGUGUGUUUAUAAACCAUGCACAUUAUUGUACAUGUGUCAAAGGUGGGGCACAAUGCAUAAAGAUGCAUUUUAUACUAUGUGCCUGCCCUCAUGUAGUGACGUAAUAUAGUAAGUAGUUUUGACGUAGUGGACUUGCAUUGUUCUGUCUUUUUUUUUUUUCAAUCACUACUUGCUGUUUCGUAAAGUAACUCUCUCAGACAAGUUGUGCUUCGUGGGCUGUUAUGGAAACGUUCCCAUUUUAACUCAUGCUAUGAAUUUAUAUUUUUUACUGUGCAUAUCAAGUUCUCUGCUCAUGUUCAUCGUACACUUUGUGCCAGCAUCACUUCAGGUAAAUAGAAGUUGCAGUCAGCAACAUAUAUCUUCCAUCAUGUUAACUUAUUCCAAGUGUGUCAUAAUGUUUAAGAAUUGUGUAAUUUAGGAAAAAGUUAACUGCUGCCUAAAAGUCACAUUUUAUUGCAACCAUUGCUCGUAUUACAAAAAGAAAGUUGGCUCUGAAAGUCACAUAUCAUUUGUGGUCUGAGCCAUUGAAGCUGCAAAUGUAUGGUGUAGUAAUAAUGUUUGAUCUUUUUUCAAUAAAAAAGUAUAUUUUGUUACCUAAAUAUUGGGCAGUUAACUUUAUGUAGUUACUUUAUGUAGUUACUUUUUUAGUUAGUCUAGCAGUAGUAUUUGUAUUCUCUAAAGUCCUAUAGCUGUGAAAGUUCCCAUAAUGAAGGUGUUGUUUCACUUUACAUAAUUUUUAAGUUCAGCUUUACAUAUUUCUUUCGGUGCUUGUUUAAAAGUGCUGAACUUAGUGAUCUGUUAAUUUUUAAAAAGUGAGCUUCCACAGUAAAUAUCAGCUCUUGGUUUUUGUUGUAAAAUAUAUGCGAAACGCUUUGUUCGUUGUUCAUGUAGAAUGUUUUAAGCAACAAAAGUUCCCGGGCCACGAAAUUUUAGAAACAUAUAUGUAUUUAAGCAUAAUGUGGUCACAGCCCAGAAUUCAACUGUACAUAGCAGUGGUACCAAAAGCAACUGAAAACAACAGUGCCUAUUAGUCAUGGCUCAUUUUACAGUGCAGAAAAAUUUUCACAGGACGUCAUAAUCAGUAAACUUUUGUCAACAAUAGUGCAUAUUUUCAUGGAAGUGAAUUCAAAGCAUUCUAUCUGGUGUCUCAAAUUGGUGUGUUUGGGAUUCUUUGGAAGCUACAUCUUCCCAGUGUUCAUGUGAUCAGGGCUAGGUCGUUAUGUAUGUUCAAUGUGACUGCAGUUUAACUCGCCAUGAGCAAUGCUCCCGCUAUUCAUGGAUAACAGACACACGACCAGUUGUAUAUGUAUAUAGUAUAUAUGUGUGCUGAAGACAGUGGCCCAACAUCUUUUUUUCCGUUGCACUGCAUUUGCACUUACGGUGUCUCACUGUUUCAAAUUUCUUGUAAGACGUCUGUCUGUUGCAUGUCAGCUAAGUCUAGUUUUGAUGGACUGCAUGUGUACUGCAUAUAUUCAGACGUAUGCCAUGCCUUCACAUGCUGAAAUGUUAGAUUUGCUCAGAACCAACGUGUUCAUUAAUAGACGCGUUGAAUAUUGUUGAUCUUGUUGUUUUCUAUCCAUAGUGGGUGUGCGUAUAGAAUGUGUCCACUGUUGAAGUCGUACAGCUUAUUCUCAUAGCUCUAUUUUGCUGAAACAGGUUCUCAGGCUUAUAUAAUUUAACAGAGACAUGAGAAAUAUUUAGAAAAUAUAUAAAAGUGCUUUUGUCUGCUCAGGCAUGCCAGUGCUACAAUAUAUUUACAAGCUUUACAAACUCAACUGCCCAUUCUUAAAUGACAUUUCACUUUCAGUGGCUUUAGUUUGAGAUGGUUUAAUCAUUGUGAUUCAUGACAGUGCUGUGUUGUUUAGCGAUAUUCACUUACACAUAGCAUAAAUAUAUUUUUUGUAUAGAUGGUGAUAUUUUUUAGUUAUUCUUCAUGAAGGAAAGGUAGCGGCCUUUGACAAAUAUCUGAUCUUAGUUUUGAGACAAUGUGGGUAGCCAUAUUUUUGGAUGCCAUUUAUUGCCUCUCUGCGCUUCACUAAUGUUGUGUAAUGGCACGGCACCAGCGUUAAAUAAAAAGUAAUGUUUGCAUGCUGAAAAA